GUUUGAUGACUGGGAAGCCGCCUGACUGUACUGGCCUGAGUACUCCAUCCCUUACGGAUUUGCGGCGCCACCUCUCUCAAGCUCCUCAUGAGGACACAGGUCUUAAUGUUUGUGUAAGCUGCGGUUGAGUCUUAACAGAUGAGCGCCUAUGGAUUGUACGUCAGUCUCAAUCUCACACUGCAAAGAAGCCCUGGGGUAGACCCCUGGGACUGUGGAGUGAUAUAUACCGUGCUCUCUUCCCUGGUGCUAUCGACGUUCCCGAUCCUUGUAGGUCUAUUCCACGAUUUUCAUGACGAUCAUGCUAACAGAAUCAGGCGUUGGAUGGACAUCGAAAAUGGAGGCCAUGACGACAGCUAAGGCAGAGGAAGAGGCCGCCGACUUGGAACGCCUUGUCAGAGGAGUCUGCUUUUGACAUGAUGGUCAA